AUGGCCUCUGGUCUUGCGGAUCCUCCAAAAUUGUUGAAAGCCGGCGUACAGAUGCAUACAGGCGUGAGGAGCGGGCAUUGUAGUCGAGAGAGCACGACAACAAACGAGGACAUGGAAAAGGACCUCCCCACCGCCAAAGAUGCAUGCACAGGUCGUGCGCCCAUCGACGUACUACCUCCCGAGAUCAUAGAACGCAUCUUCUUUCACUGCCACCCGGUCCACGACGAUUUCAUGCCUAAAUGGCCGACGCGCAACUCGCUGGAGUGGAUCACUGUGACAUGGAUCUGCUCGCGGUGGAGGGCCAUCGCGACAUCCUCCCCGACACUCUGGUCCACUAUUGACCUGUGCUACAACCGCCCGACCGACGUAGGGCGAACGUUUCUCGAGCGAUCGCGGAAGGCUCCACUCACGGUGUUCCUCUAUUCCACGGAACUCGGGUGCUCUCCCGACGAUAUCGCGGUCUUCGCGCAGAUUGGAUCCAAUCACGUCGAUCGUCUCGCCACCCUACACGUCAGCGUCGCGAGCUGGGUAGACUUUGAGCAUGUGUACGGCCUUCUCGGAGGCAAGACGUCCACUCUACAAAGCCUUUCCCUCUUUCUACAGUCCUGCGAUUCCGUCACACAGAAAUGCUCAACGACCGACCCUGACCUCUUCGCUGCGCAGCUGCAUAAUGUGCGCAAGCUUGCAGUUAGGCACUGCGCUUACUCGCAAUUCACCAGUUUCUCGGGUCUCACUCAUCUCGCGGUGUGCUCUAUAGAAACCGUAUCCCGCGACGAUUUGCAUCAGUUUUGGCAUCUGCUACAACGAUCGCCCCAGCUCGAGGCGCUGCUCUUGGCGAAGUGCAGCAUCGUGGACGGUGACCAGACUACUAGACCAAAAUCAUACCUGCCUCCUCAAGUCAUAUCCCUGCCUCAUCUGCGAAAGCUGCAAUUGUCAGAAGUGAUCGACCCGACCCCGUUCCUCUCGCGCCUCGACGUACCGGAGACAUGCAGAGUGUGGAUGAAAGGCUUACUUUGGCGGGCUGAGUGUAGAGCCCUCCCCUUGCUGCUUCCGCCCGCUGGGCGAUGUGCCCCCCUAAUGCAGCCAAUUCAUACGUUGCAACUCAGUACGAUAGACCCUCGACCCGGGAACCUCUGGGUCAGGCCCGGAACCAUUGCCAUAAACGGAGACUAUCACCUCAAAUUCGAGCGCCUCGUUGAGACUAUCAGUUCCCAUUCGCGGCUUGUACUUUUGCUGGGAUGUCGGCCAAGCACGACACCCGCGGGAUUGGCACGCAUGCUGUCGAGCAUGCCCAGGAUACAGACCAUCGACAUAUACUGCCUGGAAGCGCGGGGCGCAGAAUCCUUCUUAGAGGCGCUGGUCCUUCCGCAGGAUUCCGCCGGGACACUGCCCUGCCCGGCGUUAGAGGUGCACUUGUCCAUCGCGUACGAGGACUUUACCGCUGACGCUGUGUGGGACGUCGUUGUGAGCCGCGCCCGAGCAGGCGUCCCGCUUCGGGAGUUGCGUAUACAGCACGACAGGGUCAAGAGGCCGCCGCACUUCAUAAACCGUUUCAGCUCUCGGGCGGUUUGGCAGCCGAAGCCCGUUGGGAUGCGGGAAAGCGUAACGCUCGAUACAUCUGGUGCUCCCACUAGCAGAGUCACAGAAGAACUGCGUAGUGGCAUUCGAACUGCUGGGAUCAUGAGACAGCUUCGGUCGGGGCCGGGAAUCUUCUGUUCUACCGAUGGCGAUAAAUGGGGGGACAAAACUUGCAAAGAUGAGCGGCGACACGACUCUUCGGACUGA